AUGGUAGAUCAUAUCAAAGCACUUCAUGAAGGUGUGAUACACAAUCUCACAAUCAAUUAUGAGAAAUAUAAACAGCAACAUAUAAGAAAAGAAGAAAGAAGAUUCCCAGCAUCUAGCUACAAUAAGUUGAAGCCAAAGGAAUAUGAACCAUAUUAGGUUCUACAAAAUAAGUUGAAACUAUAUACCUCAUUCAGCUCUUUGCAAAUAUAACUAUUUCACCAGGAUUCAAUAUCGGUGACAUAUAUUAGUACUACGAUGAUUAAAAUGAAAACUCUAGAACGAGUUUUCUAGAAGGAAAAACUGAUAUAACGUAAGACACAAGUUGAAAUCCCAACUUCAAAUUUGGGCUCACUUAUCUAAAAUUUUGGGUCAUAAAGUGAAAAGUGCUAAAAAGUAGCCCCGAUAUGUCACCAGUGGGCUGAAGGUCUAAAAAGUAAUAUUUAUUUUCUACUUUAUGUCUUUUUACUUCUAGAAGGUAUUUUAUAUCUAUUUAUUUCUAGAAAAAAAUUCAAUGUGGUUCAAUUUGCACCUUAGAUCUAUUCAGGAUCUUUGAUUGACAGAGUCUAUACCUAAGAUUUGUCUCAAGAUUUCUGGUUGUUAGAGUAUGUACAUAAGAUCUAUUCACUAUAUCUACCUGUCAGAGUUUAUUUUAAGUCAUUUCAGAGUUAGUCAGAGUAUUUUUAAAGGAUAUGUCCAAGAUUUCAGUAUGUCAGAGUCUAUUGUAAGUUAUUUUUGAGUUAGUCAGACACUAUCCUCAAGAUCUGUCAAGAUCUUCCUUUUGAGAGUGCCCAACUUCCCUUUUAGGCCUAUACAAAGGCCCCAUUAUAAUCUGAGGUCCUCACUUUUUUAGUUGAAUCAAUUUUCUCCACUGUGAGAACCUUUCCCUCUUGUUUAUGGAUUCAAGCACCCCCUUGCAGAUUCAAAGGUUAAGACUUCAAAUGUAGAUUCAGAGGUAGGUUUCUUCUCCAAGAUUAGAGCUUUGUGGAUUCAUAUCCAUAUCUGUUUUAUCUUUCGUGUUACUGCUGCAUGAUCAUGCUCAUGUAUCAUGAUUAUCUAUUAAUCUUCUGCCCUCUAAUAACUAUUAAUCAUAUAUUUCUCCUCUCAUUUAUCUUGAGGCUCUCAUCCUUAAAGAAAACCAGAAAAUAAUACAAUUCGUAAAUCAUCAUGUGAAAAGACAUUAGUAGAAUAUUAAAUGUGUACUCAUCAUAUUCUUAUAAUUGUUAGGCUUUAAGCACUAAUAUUCUUGCCCCUUUAACAUAUUAAUUGCUUGAAUUAUCAACAGCACACUACAGAAGUAUGUUGUACAUAUAAAAAGUAGAUGCAAAUAACUUUCAUGAUUCACAGAAACUAUGCAAUUAGUUAUAAUGAGUAACGUUUUCUCGGUCUCUUAUGAAAGCUCUUGAUCUGGCAUGAACUUUCCAACAAAAUUAAGUUGUGGAAUAGUUUUCAUCGAGUACAUUUUGGGAUGCCUGAUUUCUUCUUAGUUGAAAUGAUAUACUAGCUCAACAUUUUGUUAUAUCUUUCUCUGAAUUCUUAGAUAUUGCAUUUGGCCUUGGUAAAUUUAAUCUAACAAUAGAAGAAGUGCAUAAUAGAGUUUCAAAGGUUUUACAUACUUGACUUUCAUAGAUGUUAAUUUGAUCAAUUAAAUCAUCUAAAUUGUUUAGACAAGAAUUUACUGAACAUAACUCUAUUUUUACUCAAAUCACAUUUAUCAAGGUGCUGACAUAAUCAUGAUGUCCACACUUGAAUUUCUUUUUUUAUGAAUUUUAAAAUAUAUUUUAUCUUCAUCAUUUAGUCAAAAUCAUAAGAACUCAUAUCUUUGAGGAAACUUCUAAAAUUUUACUUGAUAACAUGUAUAUCCCUAUUUUUUGGAGCCUUUUGUUGAAUUAUAAAUAAUAUAUUAAUACUGCAACAUCUUCUAAAAAUAUAAAUAUUAAUAUGUUUUAGUUUUAGAAAAAUGUUAAUAUGUGGAUAGAUUAAGUCAUGUCAAUAGACAAUAGAAAAUAGAAAGUAAUUGUGGGCAAAUUUACCAUGGAAAUUGUAUGCAAAUUCUACUUGAGCUGAAGUAAAAUCGCAUUGUUUUGAUUUCUCUUCUAAAAUACAAAGGAUUAAAUUGGCAAGUGUCAUGUUAAUCACCUUCAUGUGAUCAUUAAUUUUUAAAUGAAUUAAAGCACUAAAGUUUAGGCAUAAGUUAAAUCUAUUCCAAAGAGUAUAUAAAAAAUGGGACAAUUUUUUUUGACACUCCAUAUAAAUGAAUUAUUUCUUUAAAAAAUAAAUUUACUGCUUGAACAACAUCAUUAAUCUUCUAAUAUGAAAUAAAAUGCAUCAUCCUUGAAAAUCUAAUGACAGCACAAAUACAAAAUCCAGUCCUCGUUAAGUAAAUGGUAAUUCCAAAAUAAAAUCUAUAGAAAUGUAAAUUCAUUCUAUCUUGAAUGUGUAGUGGAGUACACAGACUUGUGUUCUAGCAUUGGCCAUUGUCUUUUAUUAA